AUGGGCACACAUUCCCAUGGGAACGAGGAGGUGGACAUCCCGCCGAAUUUACAAUCGAAACUUAACGCGCUGCUGGGCCAUGGCGCAGGCGUGCAGCUGUCGAAGCUGCACGCGGAGGCCACGGACGAGUCAUCCGCGACGUCGUCGGCGGACUCACUGAAUCUGCUGCUGGAGCGGCAGCAACAGCGACAGCUGAACCACCCAAUGCACCAGGAACACAUCGCGGCAUCGCCUGCGGUGGCGGCAGCCACGGCUGCGGCAGCGGCUGUGCCGCCGCGCAAGGUCAAGGAGACCACGAAGAUUUCGCUGGAAUACGACCCUAUCUCGAAGCGCAAGGUACUAAACACGUACGAGAUCAUAGGCGAGCUGGGCCACGGGCAACACGGCAAGGUCAAACUGGCGCGCGACCUGGUGACUAAGCAGCUCGUGGCCAUCAAAAUCGUUGACCGCAACGGAGGCAAGAGUAACCGCUUCAGCUUUAAGAAAAGGGCCAGCGGCAGCGACAAGAUCAAGCGCGAGAUCGCCAUCAUGAAAAAGUGCCACCACGAGCACGUCGUCAAGCUGAUAGAGGUGCUAGACGACUCCACGUCCAGGAAAAUAUACCUGGUACUGGAGUACUGCUCCAACGGCGAAGUCAAGUGGUGUCCUGGCGACCAACUCGAAACCGAAGCGAGAGGUCCGCCGCUCCUCACGUUCCAGCGGGCCCGCGAGAUCUUCAGAGGCGUGGUUCUGGGGCUCGAGUACCUGCAUUACCAGGGCAUCAUCCACCGCGACAUCAAACCCGCAAAUUUGCUCAUAUCAGGCUCUGGGACCGUGAAAAUAUCCGACUUUGGUGUCUCUUUUGCUGCAAGCAAUACUGAGGGUGGCUACGGCUCGCUUGAUGAGCUGGAACUUGCCAAAACAGCCGGCACCCCGGCUUUUUUCGCCCCGGAAAUCUGCCUGGGCCAUGAGGCGUCCGAGAAAUUUAGCUCCGGCCAGCCCGCAGAGCGCAAGGGUUUGAUGAUAUCCCAUAAAAUAGACAUCUGGGCUAUAGGUGUGACGUUACACUGCCUGUUAUUUGGCAUGCUGCCAUUCUUCUCCGAGUUUGAGUUGGAACUGUUUGACAAAAUCAUUAAUGAGAAUCUAGCUUUGAAGCCCUACGCAGAUAUGGCGAGCAACGGUGUGUCACAAAUUUCUUGUGUGGAGGAGUACAACGCGGCCAAAGAUUUGCUCGAAAAAUUACUCACUAAAAACCCCUUUGAGAGGAUAGACAUCCCCGGAAUCAAAAGGCACCCGUUUGUCUGUUGGGACUUCGAAAGCACCUCUGAUUCCGCCAGCGAGCUCUCCGUAGAUAAACUUAUGGAGAAGCUGAAGUUUCAGCGGCCUCAGGGUGAGGAAUACCAGCAGAUUUCUAUUUCCGCGCAUGAGCUCAAUAACGCUGUUUGCGGUAUCGGAAACAAGCUCAAGCGGUCGGCAUUAGAGUCCAUGAAUAUCAGCCAGAAAAGCGAUAAUGACUCUUCAAGAACGCUAACCAACUUCGACAAGAAUGGUAACAAUAGUAACGACUUUCACGACCAAUUUAAUGACAGCAUUGGCGAUCCAAUUCGCUUCGCUAAUUCGCAUAUAAAAACGAACACAAGCGCCCAGGCAAGCAAUGGAAACCUCAUUCUGAGUGAGGGCGCUCUGAUGGAUCCAGAUAACGGUGAGGACGGAUUGAGCGCACGAGAGAUUUUCCAACAAGAACUACAGAGGUUUGACAGCAAGAGAGAUUCAAGCGCCAUUGUUUCCUUGCCUGUAAAUUCCUCUUUUGCUUCGCUGGAUAGUUUUUACAUCGACACGUACGCAGGUCAUCAGACUGCGGGUGAAACGUACUCCAACUCUUCCUCUCCCCUAUAUGAGAGAUCUUCGCCGACAAUUUUCGCUCGGCCACCUCCAGUAUAUGCAGGCGCGAAGGGUGCUUCAGCAAGGCUUGCAUCUUACCAUAACAACCCCAACGCCAGUGCGCGUAACCCACACUUGAACCCGAGACCCAUAGCCUCUUCACAGCUUAGCUACCGCAGCGCAACUAUCCCCUCGGCUUCCAAUGAUAGACAAAUCCGCCCACAGGCGCGGGCUCCUGCCGCUAUCGGAAUCGGACCAAGACAAGGAAGUGGGGGUGAUGGUUCCUCGCGGGCAGCGGUUCGGUCUAAGAUUGUUCCACGCAGUCUGCACCCUUCAACAUCUCAGCCACCUGCUUCGAAAGCUCUAGAUGGUGGAUAUCACAAUGGCUUUUUACAUGGCGGAGAUAAUGAGUCCUCAAGGGAAAGGUUUGGAAACAAGCCAAGUGCCCAUGUCGGGCCCAGGAGAGGCAAUUUUUUUUCCAAUUACGACGGCAGCGACGAGGAAGACGGGUAUUCAACAACGAGCGGUACUUCAAGCUCUUAUCGCAACUCUGGGGACUCCUAUUCUGAUGAAUUUCAAUCGGAGACAGAAUCACUACCAUUCGAGUUUGGUAUUGAUUCGGAGCAUGGAAGCACAGUUUCUCUAAGAGAUCUUGCCCCCGUUGUCGCUGUGCCCUCAUUCACUGAAAGACCUACAAGAAACGAACCUGGAGGACCUAAAGAUGCAGAUGCGGAUGACGAGCUGAUGCUAAACGUGGGCAUGAGCGGACAUAACCGCAGACAGGGCUCAGUUUCGAGCGCUUCUAGCUCCCAGAGGGCAAACCGCUUCAAGGCCACCAAUUUUCCUCACUCCUUCGCACCUCCAAAGUUCAAGACUGAGAUAUUUGAGCCUAUUCCAGAGCCAAAACGGUACCCCUCUGGAAGCGCUUCGACGCUAACAGCCGAAAACAACGGAGCAAUCCUUGGGACUGUCAUGAAUUUCAACCAGGAUACUGCCGAGAUAGCACCGGACGCGGAAGGGUUCAUUUUGGAUGGAAACACGGAUGCGAGCGUUGACGUUCCAGUUGACGUGCUCAAUAUGAUCCCCGAGUUGAGAGCAUCUGAAGUCAGCGAGCCUUCUAACAACGCGCAUAGCUUUCGUGACUUUACUGGGGGUGCCUCAACGAAUUGGCGCAGUUCUGCUUCUAAAUCUAAUCCGGGACCCUUGGUCUUGCCUAGCAAAAAUCCCGUUGCAACUACCCAGCAAAGUACCGUGAAGCCAGUUCUCAAUACGCACUCACAGACUGAUAAUUCGCGUGUCACGUCUAAGGACCUUUUACAAAGCGUUUUAACGUCAUCUGGAUCUAGCAGGAGGCCUUCAAUGACACCUUCUCGUGACAAUUCAAGGCGCGAGACCAAUACAAAUUCUUAUGUGAACCAUUAUGAAGGAAAGCGCGAGACAAAGUACGAUUCGAAAACGCGGCCUGGCAGGAAGCCGACGCAAAACCGAGGCUUGGAAGGAAGAUACAGAUCAAAGUCCAUCAGUGUUGGGCUAUUGGAGGAGGGCAGGCAGGCCGGAAAGUCCUCGUGA